UCUCUAGUGAGAAAUUCUCUCUACCAAUCUAGAUCAGCCCUUAAAGAGAAUGGCUGAGGGGGCUGAAGUGAUUUGUCCAGAGUCACUCAGCCAGGACCUAGGUCAAGAUUGUCCCAUGCUGCCUCUCAUCUUCCUUUAACUAGUAACAGGCAUUGCCACCCACUGAAUAAUAAAAAUCAUCUGAUCUCUAAGAAAAAAAAAAAAAAAAAAGCUGUUCUGGAAGCUGGAGUCAUUUCCCUGAGGCUUUUCUCUAAGAGAAAAAGCUAGUUCCUCAUUUCAGCAGCUCAUCAAGGUUGCUUGCAUUCAGUGGUGGAGCCAGUUACCUGUGGAGAGUUCCUGGAAAUUCAUUCUUUGGAUCUAAAAACUUUCCUUGAGCUCCCAGGAGACACCAGAGUUGGCUCUGAGUGUGCCCACCUGGCAGCACUGAUGGUGAAUCAGAAAUUCCAGGCCCUCCACCAUGUCCCCUAAUCUGACUCUCUGUUAUUGACAACAGAUUCCCAACUUUUGUCCCAAAUUUUGUUUAAAAAAAAAAUGCAACGAUACUCUCCUGACAAUGCUCUGGAGCCAAAUGAAGAAGUUUUCUUGAAUGUGGAAAAUGAGAAGAUAGAACAUAGUGAGAACUCUUUGGAGAACAGUGAUUCAGAGAGCAACACGUUGGCUCCCUCUGAAAAUAUGGAUCUUGUCUCUGGCCAGGACAAAGAGUCAUCCAAUACAGUGAUUCAGAGAAGAGGUCAUAGAGGUCCUAAUCAGUCUCCCAAGAGUCCCUCAGUAGAGUAUGUCAGUGGCCAGGGAAGUAGCCCUUUCCAAUUUGAUAGACAAGCUCCAGGUCGGAUUUCAACCUCUCCUACCUUGCGGCGGCUCAGAAGCAGCACUUCUCAGCUGCCCCCUCAUCAAGACUCUUUGGAAGCAUCUAACUGGCGAAACUGGAAGGGGGCCUUGGGUUCACAGAACUCUCUUUAUGAUAAUCUUCCCAGAAGCCCCAAGGCUUGUUCUCAAUCUCUGUCAUCUUUGAGUUUCAGUUCCAAGGCUCCCCACUUGGAAACAACAAAGGCACCAUUCAAUUUUUCAAACUCCAACACCAGUUGGCCACAUCCAACAAACUGUCUCAUAGACGAUGGUACUUGCUCCGGGUCUCAGAGCAACAAUAUGGUCCAUUCUCCACCUGGGAAAGAACAUCAACCUCAGUUUGGAUCUAUGACCCAUGACAAAUGGAAUCAGGGAGAAGAAUUCUACCAGUCCAGGUUAUUCCAGCACAGGCGAAGUUCAGUGGUUGUAAACCUGCCUGGACUUGAGGUGUUUCCUGGAGAUCUCCUGGUGCCAGAUGGAGUGGCCAGCUACCUGUGCCAUCCAGCCCUGCUGCUGAAUUCAGAACCCAAAAAGCCAAGAUGGCCAUUCUCCAAGAAAGGCGUGAGCAAAGAUAAACAAAAGCAAGCAUUUGACCUGGAAAAUUGCCUUUCCACUAUUAAGAUCACUGAUUACAGCGGAUACGAAUUUCACAGCUUGAAGGAUAAGACCUGGGAAGAAGUUCUGGAAAGACAUGAAAAGCUUCCUAGUGAACCACCAGACUUGAGAAAGCAGCAGGAAGCUGUGUGGGAACUCUUCACCAGUGAAUGCACCUAUUAUUUAGAUCACUUGCUAGUUCUUAAGAUGGUUUUUAUGAACACACUCAAAUACCUGCAAAACUAUGAAUGCCUCUUAGAUGUGGAUAUAUGGAGACUUUUUGCAAAUCUUGAAGAGUUAAGUCAGGUCAGUUUUGGCUUUCUGAGCUGUUUUUUCAGCACCAUCAAGGACUACAUAAAUUCAUCUGGCUCUGCAUCCUCCAUGGAUUUCAUCUCUGUGCUGUCCAAGCAUUUCCGAGGACGCCUCUGUCAGAGCCACCAGAUUUACUGCCUUAAUUACACCUCCGCCAUCUUCUAUCUCGAGAGCUUAAGACAGAGAUAAGAUUUUGGAAUCUAUUUAAAGUGGUGUGAGAAGCAUGACCAAUGCAAACGACUUCACCUCUCCGAAUUGCUGGUAACUCCCCUGCACCGAUUGACCAGGUACCCGAUGCUCCUGAAAAACAUUUGGAAAAGGAGUAUCGAUGCUAGGGAGAAAAUUACCCUCUACUCUCUCAAGGAAAAAGUGGAGAAGGCUAUCCGUGAUCUUGAAGGAAAAGUGAAAUGGCUGGACAAUUUCCAAAAGUUUCGAUACCUCCAGGAGAUCAUAGUGUGGCCUCCGCUUUGGGAUCGAGAUAAAAGGUUCUUCAUUCCAGAGUGCCUAAAACACAUUUUUAAGGAACACAUGGCAGACAACAUCUUAUCACCAACCAACAGACACCUCCUUCAUGAAGGGAAGUUGACUCUCGCAGAAAGCAUCAGAUUCCUAGAUGUCUACCUGUUUCUAUUUGAUGACUUCCUACUAAUUACAAAAACCAAACACAACAAAAAGAAACUUGGGGGCUCAGACACUGGGUUAGUCUGCCCUUCCCUUACCCCGGAGUUACAGGCGAUGAUUAAAGAAGGUGGUUCUUGUACAGUACUCGAUCAACCCAUUCCUUUGGACCGUCUGGUGGUUAAAAAUAUCGAUCCAUUCCACAUAUCAGUGUUUGGACUAAGAAAUGCUUUUCUUCUACAACACAAAAACCGUUAUCAACAGUGUAUAGCAGCCUUCUUGUUGCAAGCACAAACAGAAACAGCCAAAAAAACGUGGAUGGUACAAAUAAAAAGAGCAACCUCUUGCUUCAUGAAGAGAUAUGAGACAAAGAAAUCCUCCUUCACUUUGCCUGCAGAAUCCUCCGAGAUCUAGAAGCCAGAGUACAAUGUCCAUAUUUGCUAUAUCUUUUUGGCUAGUGAUAGAGGCUACACCUGUGAUUUCAUUGGCUAGAAUAAGGACACACCUUCUACUAACUCAACACCUUCUCUGUAACUUAAAGUCUUGGAGGACUACAUAGGGUACCUGACAGUUUAAGUGACUUGGUCUUUCACACAGCCAGUCAAGGCCAACUCCAUUUAUUACAGCAUGCUUCCUUUUUAACUUUUUAUGUAAUGGGUUCAAAUUAUUUUUUACAAAGCAAUCGUACCCUCCUCCCCAAUCCUGAUGAUCAACUGUGAGAAUAUAAUGAUACUCUGAAUAUGACAAUUCGGCUCAAAUAGAUACUAUGAAGGUGGAAACAUUCUGGGGGUUGCUAAUGAGAAAUAUUUGACUUUCAAAAUAUUUGGUAAAAUAGCCUUGAAAGAUGUCCAGGUAAGAUUAAAAAUUGAACAGGAUAACACAGAGGAAAUCGAAGCUCUUCUGCCUCAAACCAGGGGUUCAAAUUUAGAGGUCCAUAAACCUGUUUUUAAAAAAUAUUUAUUUUGAUAACUAUUUCAAUAUAAUUGGUUUCCUUUGUAAUCCUAUGUAUUUUGUGAAUUUAAACGGAGUCCAUAAUCUUAAGCAGAUUGUCAAAGCAAUCCAUGACACAAAAAUAUAUGGCACAUACUAACUAUACCAGUUAUAUGGUGGGAAAAGGCUGAAGAGUUAGAAAAGGCCAGGUUCAAAUCCUAUUUCUGACAAUAGUUUAUUGACUUAGGUCAUUUAAAAUCUCUAAGUCUUAGUUUCCCCAUCUGGUAUUUUAAUCACCAAUUUUUUAGCUCAACAUAUCAUUAGCAAAAGGAAUGCUAUUUAUGGCCUUGCUCUGCAACACCAUAAAACAUGGGUCAUUUUUGUUAGUGCCUUGGUUAUAAAAAGCCAAACAAGGGGAGCCCUACAUUUUCAUACCCAGAACUAUAUGGAUACAUAAUCCUCAUUUCUCAAAAGUUGCUCACAUUUAUUUUGUGUAUUUCAUGUUGUUUAAAAAAAUAUAUAUACACACAUAUAAUGUACGUAUAAUUAGAGUCUAGUGGAAAAAAAGCCCUGACCUGGAAGUUCUGUGGGCCUGUUUCUUCACCUGUAAAAUGAGAUACCAGGUGAAACCCCUUCUUUCGGACCACAAUAAGCGGAUUAGAAAAUGGAAAUUACUUCUCUUGAAAGAAAGUUAGGUUUUUCAAGUACAACUUGUCUCUUUUGAUCACUAUUGAAGGUCAUCCCAGUAUAUUCCUUUUAUUCCACAAUGACCCCAUUUUGCUUUUAAUAUCAAAAAAAGCUUCUAAUUGUUUAUCACUUACUUUAACUAUUUAUUUUAUGAGCCAUAACAAUUCAACUAUACUGAAAUCACAAAGCAAGAAAUGUACUUGCAAACCAGUAGCUAUAAUGACCAGAAUUUAUAGUGUUUUAAAUUUUGCAAAGUGAGAAACUGAGGCAAAGGUUAAGUAUUAUCUAAGAUUACUAGUAAGACUGAAUUUAAACUCAGAUCUUAUUGACUCUAAGUCUAGGACUAUGUCACUGUGUCAUCCAGCUGUCUUUAUUUGGGGAGGGGACACAGUGCAGCACAUUUUAUUGGUAAAGGGAACUCCAAGUGAGGAAAUUCCUUCUAUCAAUACAGACUAGUACCUAUUCUGCAGCUUAAUCUUAAGAGAAUAUGAAAAAUGCAGCUCUAGAAUGAAGACACAAAAAUGUUGAGAAAAUAAAAAUUUACAUUCCUCCCAGAAGUUAUCAAAUGCAGUGGUUCGGAGGUAUUAAUUCAGGACAUGGCACUGUCAGUUUGUUAGUGACAUGGAAGUAGCUGAAAAACUAGCUAACUGUAACAGGUAAAGAGUUGGAGACCUAGAAAGAGAUGGCUAAGUUUACUGCAGUCUAUAUAGAUAAUUCACUUAGAUAAAAACAAACAAACAAACAAACAAAAAUAAGCAAAAACAAAUAAACAAAAACUUCACAUGCUAUGUUAUGUACCUAUAUGAUUGAUUUGUGGCUUUCUGGUGGAUACUAAGUUUAUAAUUGAUGUUUAUAUAGUGCUUUCAGGUUUGUAAAGUAUUCUCCGUGCAUCAUCAUCUCAUUUGAUUCUCACAUUAUAUGUAAAUUUAAAAAAACUAUGGUCUUUUUACAGAUGAGGAAACUAAGGCUCAAGAGAUUAAAUGAUUUAAUAGGCUAAUGUUAUAAAUGACAUUUGAACCUAGGUCUCUCCUGAUUCCAAGUCUGGGCCUUUUUCCACUCUACCAAUGGUUUUCCAAGUACCUAGGAGCUCCUGAGAAUCCCUGAGACGCUUUAUAGAGUGUCAGAGGACCAAGUCAAAAUUGUUUUUCUCAUAAUAAGACAUUUUAAUUUCUACUAUAGCCAUUACUGAUAGUGCUAAUCCAUAAAAACAAAAGCUUUUGGGGAUCCCUCAAUUUUUAGGAGUGUGGAGACUAACUUCCAAAAGUUAAGAGAACCAUUGCACUAUACCAUGAUGUCUCUUUAAGUAAAUGUUUCAUGUAGAAUCCUACAUAAAAGAAAUUAAGAUACUGAAAGGAUAUGCUAGUAAAUGACAUGCAUACAGUUUGUAAAAUAUUGAGAUGUCAGGGCUUUAGUUUUCUGUUUCUGGACUCAUCAACUGAAAACAAACCAAAAAAUCUAGAAGAACAGUGAUUAAAGAAAAUAAGAUGAAAAUAAAAUAUAUAUUAAAAAAAUACAAAUAAUAAAAACAAAAAACAAAGGGGAGAACAACGUUCAAAUGUGUAGGGGUGUUGAAUGGAUGGUAAGGGAAUGAUCUGCUAUAUGCACUGGCAGGCAGAGAAUAUAGAAAUAAUUUCCCAGCUAUAGAGUUUGGACUCAUUGCUGAAGAAAGUUUGGAAUUCUUUAUUGGCAACUGUUAAGGGAAAGAGUAAAUGUUCUCAUUAUUGACAAACUAUCUAAAAUGUAUCAUUUAAGUACAGGCCUACCCAGAGAGAAAGCAAUAGAUGAGAUGAUUUCUUAGGGUCUCUUCAAGACCUAUGAUUCUAUAAAUCAUACAUUUAUAUAACAUAUGAAGGGUUGGUCUUCCAAAUUUAAUUUCAUCCCAAGAGGAGAAAAUAUGUUUAAAAAAAGAAAUAUUUAUCUUUUCAGGAACAAGUUGUACAAAGAGUCCUGCAAACCCCAAAAUGACAAAUCUAGUUUAUUUUUAAGAAAUAUACUAACAUCUUGGGGCCCCAAAUCUGGAAAAUCACAUAGGAAGCAGCCAUAUGAUCUCCCUUUUGUGGAAAUGGUAUCUCAAAACAUGCCUGGAUACAGUGAGAAGCAAAAGGCAUUUGUUUUCAAAUAGAAGUGGGCAAAUGGGUACCAAAUUUACAACAUGAAGUGAAGCUUUUUCACUGACUUUUUGACAUUUUACAGAAUGACCAAUGGGGAAAAGCAAAAAGCAUAAAGCUAAUAGGACAGAUAAGCUAUACAAUGAAGGAAAUUAAUGAUGCUUCUUUAAAAGCAGGAAUGUAACUUCUAGAGUUAAAACAAAAACAAAAACCCUAAGGCUGGGUACCUCCAAGUAUACUGUGUUCCCAUUCUAUUGGUAAAUAAAUUAAUUUAGAACAAA